AUAUCCCCAAAUGGCCGGCAGACUUCGUGAAAUGCGUUGUGAGCUCUCGUUCCUCAAAAACGCGGAUGGCUCGGCAUGCUUCUCCCAGGGUGCCACGUGUAUUUGGGCUUCAUGCAGUGGUCCUGGAGAUGUUCACGCUUCGAAAGCAAGUGAUGAGGCUAUGACUCUGGAUAUUAGUUAUAGAGCAAAUUGUGGAGAUAACAAGUUCAAUGUGCUGAACAAUAUCAUUCAUUCUACUCUAUCCAAUGCAAUCAAUCUCGAAUUGUUUCCCCACACAACAAUUUCUGUCACAGUACAUGGAAUUCAGGAUGAUGGAAGUAUGGGAGCUGUAGCGAUAAAUGGAGCUUGUUUUGCUCUACUUGACAAUGGAAUGCCAUUCGAAACAGUCUUCUGUGGUGUCCUUAUUGUUCGUGUCAAAGAUGAGCUGAUUAUUGAUCCGACAGCAAAACAAGAAGCUGCAUCGACUGGAAGAGUGCUCUUUUCAGUGUGCAAAGGAUCCGAUGGACAUCCAGAAGUGUGUGCGAUGGACGCUAUAGGACAUUGGGAUUUUAUUCAGCUGGAAGCCGCGUGGUCAUUGGCACAACCAUCUGCCAGUGCUAUUUUUGAUUUCUACAAAACUGUGAUGAAGAGGAAGCUUUCGGUUGAUGAGCAAUAGAUUAUCAAUGUUUUGUUGUUGUCGUUGUUGAUUUUAAUUUUUUAUUUAAUUUUGAAUCCAUUGUUUUGUGAGAUAUUAAAAUCUUAAAUUUC